GGCAUGUGGGACCGGCUACGGGGCAGUCGGGCGGCGGGCGGCGGCCGGAGCGCGGCCUCGAUGGCGCAGCGCGGCGAGAAGGAGCCGGCGGCGGGCGAGGGCGAGCCGCGGGCCGGCGCCGGCAGCGGGGCCGAGCGGGGGCCCAGCGGGGCCGCCGCGCCCUUCCAGCCCCCCGAGGGCGGCUUCGGCUGGGUGGUGGUCUUCGCCGCCGCCUGGUGCAACGGCUCCAUCUUCGGCAUCCACAACUCCUUCGGGAUCCUCUACAUGAUGCUGCAGAGCGACCUGGGCGAGGGGAAGAAGGACCCCGCGCUGGAGUUUAAAACAGCAUGGGUCGGCUCCUUGGCCAUGGGCAUGAUUUUUUUCUGCUCUCCCAUCGUCAGCAUCUUCACCGACCGGAUAGGCUGCAGGACCACGGCAGCCUCGGGAGCUGCCAUCGCCUUCAUCGGACUCCUCUCCAGCUCCUUCACCAAGUCUCUGGAAGUUCGUUAUUUCACAUAUGGGAUCCUCUUCGGCUGUGGCAGCUCCUUCGCCUUCCAGCCCUCGCUGGUCAUCCUUGGUCACUACUUCAAGCGCCGCCUUGGCUUGGCCAACGGCAUCGUGGCCGGCGGCAGCUGCCUCAUCUCCGUCCCGCUCCCCUUCUUCCUGAAGAUGGUCGGGAAGGCCAUUGGGCUGGCACAUACUUUCCAAGUACUCAGUGCCUUAAUGCUCAUCCAGAUAUUCUUGUCCCUGACGUAUCGGCCCAUCUUGCCACCUUCUUGUGACUCUCAGCACGAUGGGCAGGACAAGCUGGGCAGCCGGAGCAUGCGGCAGCAGUGCUGGUCCCAGACGCGCAAGUAUUUCAGCUUGAGGGUUUUCCGGAGAAAGACCUAUCGGAUUUGGGCCUUUGGGAUCGCUACUGCUGUCCUGGGAUAUCUCGUACCUUACAUGAACCUGGUAAAAUAUGUGGAGAAGCGAUUUCAAGAAACCAAAAAGGACUGGAUCCUCCCGGUUUGCCUCGGAGCCAUGUCAGGGCUGGGGCGCUUGGUUUCAGGCCGCAUCGGCGACUGCAUUCCCGGGCUGAAGAAGAUUUACUUGCAGGUUGGGUCCUUCGUGCUGUUGGGCAUCCUGUGCAUGAUGAUCCCCCAGUGCCAAGGGUUCGAGGGCGUCAUUGUCAUCUGCCUCUUCCUUGGCCUUUGCGAUGGCUGCUUCACCACCAUCAUGGCCCCCAUCGCCUUCGAGCUGGUGGGGCCCAUGCAGGCGUCCCAGGCCAUAGGGUACCUCAUGGGGCUGAUGGCUGUGCCCAUGACUGCGGGUACGCCGAUAGCAGGAUACCUCAAUGAUUAUUUUGGGAAUUACGACGCGGCCUUUUAUUUUGCCGGAGUCCCCCCCAUCAUCGGCGGCUUGGUGCUCUCCGUCGUCCCGCUCAUCCAUCAGAGGAUGCUGAAGAAGCAGCGCCUGGAUUCCGGCAAAGACAAGAUGCUGGUGUCGGAGGGGGUGGUGAACGGGGAGCUGCUGCCGGGCUGCCCGGCCUCCGAAGCACACAUGUAACGCCGCCGCUCACCGACACGCACUGUCGCCACCAGCAGCCUCCCCAUCGCCCAAGCACAGGCCCUUUUCUAGACGGACCGUAAUUCUCAAUGAUCGCAGAUGCACUAUGUUUGUAAAAGGAAAAACAAAAAACAAACAAACAAACCAACAACAAAAAAACAAACCCACAGAAAGUUCUUCUAGUUAAAGGCUUUUAACUAGCAGAAGCGCUCAUUUUCGGGACAGUUUUGAUUUCAAAGCCGCCUUUUUUUUUUUUUUUUUUUCCCUCUAACCAUUUUUCUAAGGAGAACUCUCACCAGGAUUCAAACUUGAUCGAUCUCCCGCUCCUCUCCCCAGUUUUCUAUAUGUCACGACAGAGGUUUACAGCUAAUAAAUGCCUUUUUAAAGCAGGCCGCAGAGGGAGCGUGUUGAACCUUGCAGCUGUCCAUCCUCCUCCUCUGGUGCCACUCGGGUGUCUCGUCCAAGCGAGACGGCCCCCUCCCCGUCCAGCGCCGGAGGCUGUUUUGGAGCCAGCAGAUCUGAAGGAGGAAACGCUGCUUUAAUCCGAUGCACAAACCAAAUAAAUGGUCAUUGAGUCCCGCU